CUCUGUCAAAUAAAAAUGCCUCUUCUGACAAUACAAUACUUUUGCAAUGUCAAGUCUGUACGUGCCUAAACGACGAAGCAGGCGUAUUCAGGAUAGAGAAGAGACUACACAGCAACAAGAGGAAGAAGAACAGCAACAGCACCUGAAUGGAUCUUAUGAAUCACCCAAUCCCCAGCCAUUACAAAACCUUAUCCUCAACAAACGACGACGGACAGGCAACCGUGAACGUGAUCACGAUUUGGAAGCAGUUGAAGAAGAACCAGACAAAAAACAAGAACCGCCGAACCUCGAUUAUCUCGACGAACAAGCGAUCUUGGAAAACGAAAACGAUUCGGAAAGUGACAAUGAAAAGCUGUCGUUGGAAGAUACUGCCAAACAAGCACGCGAGUUUCUGGUGGAAGACUUGUCAAAUAAGUUCUUUAAGGUUAUUGCGAGCACCGAAGAUACGCGCAAAAAUGAUUCUCGUUAUCAAUUUUUCAAAAAGAGAUGCACACUACCGGAUCCUUUGUUGAUAGAAGAUGGGCUGUCUGGUGCUAAUCAUGAAAAAGAAAACUAUAUAUCUGAUCUGUCCUCGACGUAUGACGGUCGAAAGUUUUUGCUCAGCUCAGGUGCAUUGCUAUAUUGGAGUAGGACAGAUUGGUCAUUGCCUCACUCAAUGUAUCAAUGGCUUUUCCAGAUAGUUGCAUUUGAAUCCGACAAGUUUGUCUCAAGACACGCAUACACUACACUCGAAACAUUGUGGACAAAUCUGGGUUCUGAAUGUGCACCAUAUAGAGAAAAUGUAAACGGAAAACGGAAUCUCAACAAGUAUAUAGACGUAUCAUCGUUUAGACACGUCUUGACGAGCUAUGGUGCAGUCAAGUCAGAGCUAGAAGAUUCCAAUACUGAGAAUGAAGUAAUUCAAAUGUCUCAAGAUUGGUCGGAUAACGUGGCUGGUGAACAACACAUACCAUUGGAACAGUUCUCGUCUGUUCUUCGUCUUUUCGGGUUCUCCAUUCGAUCAUGGUCACAAGCGUACACGAAGGACGAUGUCAAAUACGUUGUGCGGUUAUUAUUGCAGAUUCUGCUGGAUCGAGUGGGUGACUUUCUGGCGCGCGAAGUUGAAAAUUGCAUCGAGUCCGCAUUAUCAGCGUUGGAUGAAGAAACAUGGAGAUCUGAGUUACGAGAUCUGGCAGCAAGUCUAGUCAACCGGUUCCCACAUGUUCAAUUGCAGACACAAAUCACCAAAGCUAUGAAACCGACCUAUGAACGAUGCAUCUAUCUGAAGCGUAUGGUUGCCCUUGCUUCAUUGAACCUGACUUUAGAAACUGCUUUAUCCAAAAUCAAGGUGAACGAAGAACAGCAGCGACCACGACAACUUCCACAACCUGCAUUGUCCCAACCACUCCAGCCUCUGCAAUUGGAACAGGAACAAGAGCAGCAGCAGCAGCAGCAGCAAACGACGCCAUCCAAUAUGAUUAGAGCACCUGGGAACACACCUUCAUCAUCAUCCAACUACACCACGCCGACCACUUCACCAUCAAGUCGGAUCAGUGAACCAGAAGACAGAUUGGAAGAAAAUCAUUUUCCUAAUAGCAAUGGUAUCGCCACCAUGAAUAGCAACAGUAGCACCGAUGUAGAGAUGACCGAUAGCUUUGCUAUGUCGAGACAAUCCUCUUUCCUAUCAGACACCAUGUCAGCUGACGAAGAAUAUAGAUCUGCCGCUAGCCACUUGGACACGGCCUCGUCCAAGGGACACUUGAGCAGCAACAACAGCAGCAGCAACAACAACAACACAGACAUGGCCGAGCCACCAACACCAAUAGUCGAAGAAUCAACUACUGCUCCUACUUCUGCUACCAUAAGUCCUCCAUCCCCAUCUCCUACGCCCGGCCCUAACAUCUAUGCACAAACUCCUUUGGAUAAAGACGUUCUGGCACAGCUCUUGGGGAUUAUCCAAAACAAACACAGCAUAUUUAAAAGUCGCGAAGCUCAUCCUGAUUACGAUAAUGUAUUGAAUCAGACGUUAUUGCUAGCUGAAGCUAUCAGUGCCGAUGAGACUGAAAUGAUCAAGGAGAAGGGUAUUGUAUGUGAGAUCAUCUCAGAGCUACAGCAAUUCAAUCGAAGAAUAGGCGGUGGUCUUGGAUCCUAUGCACGGAGCAAGGCCAAUGAAGGUGUUCAGCGAUUAUGGACGCGACUAGCGUAUAUGAAGGGCAGGGACGAAACGAUGGGAUACGAAGAUCACGUUGCAUAAUAUUACCAAUAGUUAAAGUAAAAUGUAUAUAUCAAUCGAACUUACGAUGCGAAGAAUGGUUAAUGGACCCGUCAUUCCACGAUAUAAACCGGGUCGGGAUUGUUUCCGCUUCGCUGCGGCAUCUCUCUACAAAAAUAGCCAUAACCGUCAUCGGAUAAUCUAUUACAGACUACUCGUUAAAGUGCUUAUCUACGGUGCGAGUACUUGUUGAGGGUAUGAUACAGAACUAGUUGCAACAGAGGCGAAAACCAGGAUCCAUUCCAUUGGCGCUUUGUUUCAGUUCUCAAUAGGCAAUGACGACAACGAGUGUUGUUUCCGAUUUGCUUUUGCUAGGAUACCAUGUAAACAGCUAAGUAUUGAGGAUCGUUUCAGGACAUGUCACUGGUAGCUUGU